AUGGCUCCUGAUCCGUGGGGAGACACGAUAGACAAUGCCAUCCUUAUUGACGAUGACGAUGAGGCUCCCGGAACUGCUGGCAGAGAGACAUCUCCCGAAAUGACAGCACUGCCUGUAAUGAUGGCUCAUGGUACCGUCGAGAACCCUCCAUACGGACUUCCCUUAGGCGUCUUUCUGGACGAUGACCAGCAUACUGAGUCCACGGAAGUUGCAACCCCACCCCCCAGUCUCAUUGAGGACAUGGCUGAGGGAAUCUACACACCCAUUCCCCGGGCAUUGAGCGGGACCAGGAGCCAGAAAUCACUGACUUGGGAGUUCCUCCUGGUACAAUUUAUCAAUGCCGACACUGAAGGCGAGCAUAGGUCUCGCCAACCCGCCAUUGGUGUCUCCCACGGCACUGAUUAUGUCCAUCUUGAUCACCCCAACCUACCGAAUGAGGUCCAGGAGCCUGACAGUACACCUGGACCUGCCACUAGCAACAACUCGGGUUGCAGUGCACCAAACUCGGAAGCAUUAAAGAGCUCAGUCGCCCUAGCACACUCUAUGAAUUCACUUCUCUAUUUCUGCCAACAUGGACGAUUCUUGAUGUUUGUCAAGGCAAUGGUCACCUCGACGUACGAUUCCGAAUUCCUUACGCGGGGGCGCGAAAGAGGUCUGGCCCCGAACCUGAGUCUGCUGCGAAUGAUGGCCUUGUUGAGGAUUCUGCGCCUCGGCUCCGGAGAUCAAAAAGGGUGA